AUGGAAAGAGGGAUAUGGAAAUCCAAUGUUGAGUUAGUACCAACAUGCCCACGUUGCGGUUCAACAAAUACAAAAUUUUGUUAUUACAACAACUAUAGUUUGACACAACCUAGGUAUUUUUGCAAAGGUUGUAGAAGGUAUUGGACUAAAGGUGGUUCUUUAAGGAAUGUUCCAAUUGGUGGUGGAUGUAGAAAGAGUAGAAGAGGUAAGUCUUCUUCUAGUACAAUUCAACAUCAUCAUCAACAUGGUCUUAUUUCAAGAAAUUUGGGAAAUGGGGUUUGUUUAAAUCAUACUAAUAUUGAUCAUAAUCAAUCCAAUAGUAAUUCUUCAUUGGAUCAUCAUGGUCCAAGUAUUGAUCUUGCUUUAGUCUAUGCAAAUUUCUUGAAUAGUGAUAAUUCCAAGCCAUCACAAUUGGAGGACCAUCAAAAUCUUGAAUUGCCUAAUCAAGAAGGAGUAGUACUCGCCGCUCCAUCAUUUGAGUUUUCAAGCAUGAUAAACAUGACUAGUAAUUUAGGCCAAGAAUCGCAAUUAAUUGGCGAUGGUGAUGGUGAUGGUGUUGAUGUUUAUUUUAGUGGGAUUCAUGAGGAGAAACAAAAUAUAAUGAAUCAUGGUGAUGUUCAUGAUGAUCGCUAUACAAAUAUGAAUAAUGUGGAUGUCAAUAAUAUUAUCAACCAUGAUCAAUUAGACAACAACUAUAUGGAGUUACCUCUAUUGCCUGGUGAAGAGAUGAUGUGGUCUACUAAUUCUCAUGAUCAUCAUCAUAUGGUAUUUCCUAAUGAUAUUCUAAAUUCAAGUCAUAAUUUAUCAGUCGGAGAACCAGAGCCAGAGUCAGAACUAGAAUUAGCAUUACAAGAUCCGAGUCAUGAUCAUUAUAACGCGAAUAUUGCAAAUGAUGGGACCCUUUUCAACUUGUCCAAUUUUGGAAAUAUUUUCAGGCCUUGA